AUGACUUCCAACAUCCAAGGAAAUGAGAAUAUCACUGUAAUUAUUUAUGAUACCAAAUCUAAUCUUAACACUCCAUGUUCAAAUGCAACGAGAUUGAACAGUACCAGUGUGACCUGUAUUGCACCAGAAGGAAGUGGAACAUCCGCUUAUUUGCAACUUCAAUUGAACGGAAUCAGUUCAACUGUAAUGAGCGAUUGA